ACUCCCAAAAUGAUUACUUUCCCAGUACUUUGUUGCUGAAACUCGCCUAGGCUCUUGCUUCGCCUAGCCAUGGAAGCAACCACUUCGGUGUUUAUCCACUCAAGAACAGCCUCCUUUGGUUUCACUUUAACAAACAACCAUGAAUUUUCUCUUGGGCAUUUCAACAAACAGCUACCGAACCACAAUUUUCGCUCUCGGCAAAACCCCUGUCCUUUCAGAACUCCAUUAAGUUUUGUUCUUCCUCUGAAAAGAACGAGAACCCAUUUUUUAUCGCCUCUUAAAUGUUCAUAUUCUAAUUCAACAAGUGCGGAUUCUUCUCGCAAGCCAUUGCUAGAACCCUUGAAAAACCUCACCUUUGAUUCACUCAAAACAGCCCUUCUAAAAGUAAGCCCCUUCGAUAUCAUCAAGUGGUCUGGUAUCUUAUCUAUUGCAAUUGCAGCCACAAAAUGGACUGUGAAUUUACUUUUAAACCCCUUCUUUUGGAUGUACUUUAGCUGGACUUGGUUGUUUUGGCCUUGGUUUGUGGCUAUUGCCGUUGGUGCUUAUGGCUUAUAUUGUUUUAGAAAGUAUGCGCGAGGUGAAGCUAGCAUAUUUGAGCAACUUGCCGUUGUGACCUCUGUGUUUACAUGGUUAACACUGGUGCCUCCAGCCCAUUUCAAUGGCUACCUCGAAGGUUGGCCUUUUGUCUUCUUUUUUGUGUACCAUUACUUUUUUUUCUUCAAUGUUAGUGUAAGAAAACGGUUAUAUGGCGACUACUACGCUCGCGAACAUGACCCCAAGUGGGAUAUAAGCCUGCCUAACUGGUCUCGCCUUUUGUUUUGUAUUGGAGUUAUCGUUGGCCAUUGGCUUGCAGCAUUUGAAGGGCCGGAGUUGCAUAGAAUUCCUGGUGGGUGGAACAAUGUAGGAGUGUGGAUUUUGAUAGUGCUGACUUUGUUAAUGCAAUAUAAUUCGACUUUUUACCUGGCAAAAUACUCAGAGAAGGUGGUGGUGCCAACUGCUGUUGUCCAGUUUGGACCAUAUAGGUGGGUGCGGCAUCCGGUAUAUGUUUCUACAAUGCUUCUAUUUGCAGCAUAUUGUGUUGCACUUCGGGCACCUUUGAGCUUGCUGUUUGUUAUAGCAGUGUGUUUGGUGUAUUAUGAGCAGAAGGUGAAAUUAGAGGAGGCUUUGAUGGUGGAGACUUUUGGAGAAAGGUACCUGGAAUAUGCAAACAAAGUUAGGCACAAAUUCAUUCCUUUUGUAUACUAGUGGCACAGACAUGAUUGUCAAUGUGGGGAGCUGUCCUGUGACCAAGAUAAUGAUGUGGGAUGCGAGUUUGUAUGACCUUGUAGGUAGUAACAGUACAUACUGCAUGCAUUAGGGAUUUGAGCUCCAUUUAUCAGUAUUCAUCAAGCUUUUGGAGGGUGUUAAUUCUAGUACCACACUUUCAUGUAUCUAUAAUACUCUAGUGAAAGCCGCAGCUAUAGCUCCCCUUUUCGUUUAAUGGUUAGAGGCUAUUUUGUGUUUGAAGUUGUAUGUAAUUGGUCAAACUGCUUUGAACAAGGGACCUCAUUCGUAGUUUUCAGCUACUGCACUUUAAAUGAUAAUUUUGGUACUGGUGCUUUUCCAGUGUCGCAAUCUUAAUAUAGAA